AUGCAGAAGGUGCUCGCGUCCAAGAAGAAAGGGGCGUUGACGGAACUGGCCGCUCGCAACGGCUGCGCUGUCUCCAUGAGCAGUCCGGAGUCCGGGCAGAGCGGAUCGCCGUGCUCGAGCUUAGGCCUAACGGACAUGUGCGGCCUGCCGCCGUUCGCCCCGGCGCCGUCUCCGGCCGGAUCGGCGCCGCUGCUGGCUCCGGCGACGACUCCUUCGUCCUCGUCCUGCAUGCUCUUGGCGUCGAGCACCUCGUUCCCUCAUUCGCUGGACGGCAUCCAGGGCACUUCGUACAGUUCACCCUGCGGGACGGCAUCGGUGGUCGCCGGAGCAUCGCCGUCGGCUGCGGCUUCCUUCUUCGCGAGGGCUGCCCAGCGUCUGAACCUGUCGUCGAAGAAGCGCCGUCGCCAUGGCAACUCCGGCGCAUGCGCGGAUGGCUCCCAGGGCUCGUCCAAUGAGGGCACGCCGUUCGCCACGCGCUACUCGGAACUCAUCAAGGAUACGCCGCCCGCGGCGCCACCGGCGCUCCUCAGGGGUCUGUCUCGCAAGGACACAGGUCUCGCCAAGGUAAAAACAUACCGGGUUUCUUUAUUUUUAAACUUCUGGUAA